AUGUCCGCUGCCGCCGCUUCAAUUGUUACAUCAACAACAAACCAAACAUCAACAAAUCUCACACCAACAAACCUUACACCAGCAAACUUCACACUAUCAAACUCCACCCCAUCAAAUUUUAUACCAUCAAACUUCGCAUUAUCAAACUUCACACUAUCAAACUUUGUAUCAGCAAAUCUCACAAUAGAUGAAAGGCAGAACUUACUUUUUAAU